GAUGGCCUCAAUAAUUGGGUGCGAGAAGACAAUUUAAUCGGCGCGCACUGUUCGGAUGUGGUGGUGCCCGGGCGUGAAGAGCAGGUGAUUCGGAGACGUCUCGGCUAUGAGACACUGAUGGCAUGCGGCUCGUGGCUGAGUGACGGCAUCGUCACCUCGAAGACAAUGCCAUAA